CGCCCGCAACAGACGCCUAUAUAUGUCUCCGCGCGUAUACAGCGUCAUCCAGUUGGAGUCGGACGCUGUCCCGGUGGAUUCAGCGGAGUUCACCGGCUCGCUAAACAAAGCCAGGGUCGAUUCGCAAAAUCCAUCAACCGUAACGCGUUGAGCCACUGACAGGAAGUGCGCGCGUGCUGCGGUGUGGUACAGUGUGUGUCAGCUGUGUUGACAUUCUUCAAUGUCUUCGUCGCGGGCUGGCGAGCACGCGUCAGAUUACCAGCGAUUCAACAAUGACACGACUCUAUCGCACGAUCAGGAAAUCGUCCGCAGCGGCUCGAGGCGACAAGUAUGUUGCGACCUUGUUGCAUUGGGACAGAGUGCAAAGUUCCAUAUUUCUUCCAGAAUAUGGCUCUAUGCUGUCCUCACCUUCCACAGCCAGUCGUAUAAAGUCUUCGGUUGAGAAAGCUAAUAGUGCUAAUCAACUGAAUCAUAAGCACGAAGCAGAAGCAGACGAGACAGGGACUGGCAACAUGACUGAGAAUAUAGUGUUUACUGCACGCGAUGCAGUUCUUGAUGCAGAUGUGCAUUGGGAAAUGAAUUACCACGAGGCCGCAAUAUUUUUGGAGGAAGGCAAAAACAAUGAGAAGUUUGAUUCUCAUCCUAAGCGUCCUGAAGACUUACCAGCGUAUUUAUUAGUUCAUAACAGUUGGUACAAUGGAUUGGACUUAUUGAUUUCGCUAAUCCUGCUGUCUCUGGCAUUCAUAGAAGAACCUGCUUUGCCAUUGUUCAGAGUACCUGUGUGGGUGCAUGGUUCAUUAGAACUGCUUGCCUUAAUUACCAUUGGCGUGGAAUUAGCUUUGAAACUGAGAUGGACUGGUUGGGCACCUAUGCUAAGACACAAACGUACCAUGCUGAAAUGCACAACAUUAGCGAUUAUGUUUGUGGAAGCGUUGACAGUCCUGGUGCGGCAAUCCUCGCAUUUCCGCGUGACGCGCGCGCUGAGACCUAUCUUUCUAAUGGAUACGAAAUACUGCGGGGGCGUAAGAAGAUUUAUCAGACAAAUACUUCUCACGCUACCGCCCAUUCUGGACAUGUUGGGACUUCUUUUCUUCUUUAUUAUCGUGUACACAGUAUUGGGUUAUUAUAUGUUCAGUGAAAUAAACGGGAAUUUUUCCACACUGCUAGAUAGCUUUGUCAGCCUAUUCGUUCUUCUUACCACUGCGAACUUCCCGGACGUAAUGAUGCAAUCUUUUUCACAAAAUAAGUGGUAUGCGAUAUAUUUCGUGUCCUACUUAUGUACCAUGUUGUACGUGAUGAUGAACCUGAUGUUGGCAGUGGUAAACGAGACGUUCACGUUUCGCGAACGUGAUAAGUUCAAGAAGUUGUUUCUGCACAAGAGAAAGGCAUGUCAGCACGCCUUCAAGCUUUUAGUCUCCAAACAGAAUCCCGAUAAGAUGCGUUUCCGUCAGUUCGAAGGUCUAAUGCGAUACUACGCCCCGAAUAAAUGCACGCGAGACGUUGUUUUAAUGUUUUGUCACAUGAACACGUCGGGAACUGGCGCCUUAAGUUCCGAGGAAUUCUUUUCAAUUUAUGACGCCACAAUGCUUCAAUGGGACUUGCAAUAUUCUACUAUACCGUGGUAUCGCACCGCAUGGUCGCCACUGCAGAUGUUUUGCAUGGGCGCCCACACCUUUAUCAACUGGCCGUAUUUCGAAACGUUGGUGUAUGUGAUCAUCGUCGGUAACGGCAUCGCCAUGAUAAUAAGAAUCGUACAACCGAGCAGUAGUAUUGCGGAAUCGGUGUAUCGAUUCGCCGCGUGUUGGGAUACUUUGCUGUUUGGAGGACUUUUCAUAAUCGAGGCAUUGGCGAAAGUGCUCGCUCUCGGUACUAAAUGUUAUCUAAGCUCCGGAUGGAAUCUCUUCGACUUGGGAACAUCAGUAAUGACGCUCGUCGCGGCGUGUGGCCUCUUUCUCUUCCCAUCGGCUACAUUCCUGGUUUUAUUCCGGCCUCUCAGAACGCUAAGAUUGUUCAAGAUAAAGAAACGCUAUCGAGACGUUUUCGGUACUCUCGUAAUUCUGAUUCCCCAGAUGUGUUCGACGGCGAUGGUCAUGUUGGUGUUGUACUACUUUUUCGCGAUUAUCGGAAUGGAACUGUUUGCCGGAUACGAUAUGCGGAAUUGCUGCAAGAAUACAACUGUUGAAGAUUUUUACGAGUAUUCCGCGAAUGGAAGCACAGCCCUGGGAUAUUAUUAUCUUAAUACUUUCGAUAAUCUCUUAGCAAGCGGCAUGACGCUCUUCGAAUUAACAGUUGUCAAUAAUUGGUUUAUACAAAUGAAUGCAUACGCAUUCACCGCGGGCUUGUACACGAGGAUAUACUUUAUGAUAUUUUAUUUAGUGACUAUGAUCGUAUUGACUAUCGUGGUGUCCAGCUUCUUGGAAGCUUUCCGAUUUAGGAUACAGUAUAAAAAAACAACAUCGAAACAUGACGAAGAGAAAAUGCUUCACGAAGAAGUGGAAUUAAAAUGGGAGGAGUUGCAAUGCAUAAUCGAAGAUUUUCAUCUUCUGGAAAAUCUGCGCAGUGCUUUAUUCGUUGAAGGAAGCACUCUAUUUAUUGGCUCGCGAACGCGAACACGAGAAGUUUUACAGAGAAAAAUGUAUACACACGAGAUAAAUGAGUGGAUAGCUGAAAUGAAGUUAGAGGAAAAACAAACUGUAUCUAAUCUAACAUUCAACGCAGAAGAGGCUAGCGGCGACAUUACGGUCGAUAGCGAUCAACUUAUAAUGAAUGGCAAUUUGCGUCAGCAAAGUAGUAAUAUAUCUAAUUGAUAAAAGUAAUAACAUCAUUUUUAGAUGAUAUUAAGAAAAUUAAUUUAUAAUUCCUACUUACAUCUGUGUAAGUGCAUUUAUUCGUGUGCCGCACGAUAGUGCAUUUAUUCGUGUGCCGCACAACACGUAGUUUAUCUAGAAACUAAGAAAUAUAAUUUGAUAGUAAGGAAAAAAAUGUACUGAUAUACUAGAUCGAAGAUGUUUUCUUAGUGAUUAGUAGAAUUCCAAAAGGUACGAUUAAUUAUUACACACCAAGUGUUUCAAUGCAAACAAGCGACUUCCUUUAUAUAUUUUGAUAUUACAAAUUUAAGCAUUACAUCAAAAUUUCGUUCUACUUAGGAAGCAUUAGUUUUCUUACUCUUUUUGAUGCGUAUUGUAGGUUUGCAGUAUAAUAGUUUACGUAACAUCUUUAAAUAUUUUGAUAUUUAUAUAUGUUAAAGCACGUUGAUACUGAUUAUUAGAUACUGAUUAUAAGAUACAUCGUACACAAUACUCGUACAUCGGAUCGUGUUAUUUUUAUAUAAUUUUUCCUAAAAUAUAGGCAGCGCUGUUGUUGUUUUAUAGGUAGCUUUAUGAAUCGCAUCACACACUGUACGAAUUUAAUUCGAUUAAGUUAUAUCGCCGGCUCGAGGGAUUCAAGGCAGGAUAAUCUUGCUUCUAUUAACUUUUCUUUUUACAAAUUGACGACAUUUCUAACUACGAAAUGUAAAGAUGGAGCAAAUAUCCUUUUUUCUCGGACCGGCACCGUGCAUCGUCGGCACAGUGACAGUAAUUUAUUUCAUAGAAGUAGACAUAUUUGAUAUCGCUAUGUAUUAUCAGCGCGAAGAAAUAUUUUAUUGUUAACUUCCCAUUUAUAAUGUGAUACUUCGUGUAUUAUAUUUAUUUAAUAUGCAUUCCAUUGCCCUUUAUUGUACAUAAUACAUUAUAAAACUA